AUGGCGACGACAAGUGACUCAGCGAGCCCUCGCCAGGCGAGUGACGACCACUCGCUCGAAGGACUGCCAUCUCAGACGCAAGAUGGAAGCGCAGCAGCCGGUGCUAUGGAGCUCGCUCGGGUAUCAUCAGACGAUGAGCUCAUCUCACGGGCGUUUACAGUCACGGAAGACCUCACCGACACGUCCAUGAGAACCUCUUCUGCGUUGCAGGACAGUGGAGGCGCUGCUUGGCAGGAUGAAGGUGCCACGGUCGUGACAACACAGACUGGCGCUGGCGUUGAUGUGGCGAACAGCGUGGAAACGCCAUCACGGCUCGAGGAAGUGCCUAGCCAGCAGCUCAGUAGCGAGGAUGUGAUCGAGCUCAAUAAGUUCAAUGAGGGAAAGGUGCGCAUCUAAGACAAGAUUUGCAGAGCAUCAAAGUCCAUUGAGCUUACGACUUUAGCCUCUCUCGCCAGUCCCGCAUCGAGGAGUCCUUGCAAGUGAGUGCCUCAGCGAAUGAGCGGUGCGUUUGACCGCUGUGCUAAGCCUGGACUUCGAUGAACUCUCAUCCCAGAUUUUGGACCAGCGACCGAAGCUCGAACCUCUUGCGAAUUGCAAAGAAGCGGGCAACAGACCAUCGGAUGAGAUUUGGCCAGAUUUGGAUGCGAGGAUAGCGGAGACGGAGAGCUGGAUCGACGAGGUGGAGCGCAUAGAGGAGGAGGCUACCGCUUGGAAUGCGGCUGAUGUCGAGCGCUUGAGGCGCGUCUCCAAAGGUGAGCCGACUCACGGAUGCCAGCAUGCGUUUCUUUGUCCAAGUCAGAGCAGACCAGACGCUAGUGUCAUCAAUGCCCGCCUUCGUGAACCAAGUGUUGACCCGCCCAAACCGGUCUCUGGUGGCCUUCCCGUUUCAGAGGCCUCCGAGCGGCACAUGUCUCCUCAAGAUGCCGAUCUGGUGGAGCUGGCUCUUGAAACGCUUGUCGCCCUUGACAAGCUGCUUCACUUGUGUGGAUCCAGGCGAGAUCAGCUGGAGCUGCUGAGGGCGCGCCUUGAGUGGGACAGCCACCGACGACAUUGCUGGGAGAUUUAUCAUGGACUUCUUGCGGAUGUCGAUGAGUUUGUCACCACGCGAGCAAGAUGGAGUGUCGACAUCUAUUUGCACGGAGUGGGGCGCAAUCCCGACUCCACUGCCAGCUCUUAUGACAGUGACAGAAUGAGUCCCCAAACACCGCUCCGAUCACCACUGCGAGAGCGAAGCUCCGCCUCUCGGCAACGAGUCGCUGCGCGCUUAGAUGCAGACAGCGAGAAGCUUGCACAUCGCAUCAACGCCUUUGCCAAGGCAAUUGGAGAAUGUGGGGACGUGCUGGACGGAGUCAUGGAGUGUCACAAGCUACCUGACGAGUUCCUAGACGAACAGGACCGUCUUGAAAACUUAACAUACAGCAUGGCCGCAAGACAAGAGCUUCUCGACCAACUCGUUCACCAAUGGCAUCAGUCGGACAGCGCGUACUCGACUCUGCAGACGCUGGCGGCGGACGCUCAGCGCACCACGGCCAAGCUACGAGACGAGGAGCAGGGCGUGCCCGACAGCCAAAGGGCGCAAGACUUCAGCGGUCAGAUUGCAAGCUUCUGCCAACGUCUCGAAACGUUGAUAGGCCCCGAACAAGCUAGCUCGGUCAAUCUUGCGACGCCAUUAGGCGCAUCACCAUCUCUCCGAAGGCAUCUGAGACCUGUGCAGCCCCAGGAACAGAUCUAUGCUGACCAAGCUGAGCACACCCGUGCUCUUGAAGAAGCGCUUUCACUUGAAAUGCACAAGACAGUUACCGCUGUUCGAGAGGCCAAAUCAGCGCUUGAGCGACACCUUCGCGCUCUACGCGCUCUCCAACUCAUCCAACAGCUCGUUGCGUCGCUCGACUCUUUGACCAACCAAUGUCGCGCCGUAGCAGAGCAGGCAACUUCUGGCUUUGAAGUCGAGUCCGCUUCGACAGGCGCUGACACAGGGGCGCAACGGUGGCUCGCAAAUUUGGGCUCAAAGCCAGAUUUGACAUUACUUGAGGCUCUCAAAGCCCCUGCACACGACGUGUAUCUCAGCCGGCUGCCUGGCCUGAGACCCACCUUAGGCGGCUUGGUCGUCAACGGCGCCGACUUGCGCAAGGAGAUCGACGCUGCCACCCUUGAAGCGGUCAAAGCAGGGCUUAUCCCCUCUGCAUUUCGCAGACAGCUCGACAAAAGUCUGGCAAACUUUGAGCAAGUCAAGAGAGACACCGAUGUCGCUAUUGAAGACGGAUCUGAGGUCGUCGUGAUGCUCAAGCAGCUUCGCACGGCGGAUCAGCUCAUCAAUACGGUACAAACAGAUGCUGCAGCACUAGUUCAAAGGGUCAACGAGGAUUGCAUCAAGGUGGCUGAGGCGUACCCGUGGCGAUCCGUCAAAUCCACCGAUACCCUCAGGGAUUUGCACGCUUCUCUUCAGGUGGCCCGCGAGCGCAUGACCGAGGUCCGCCAAGCCCGCGCUGCGUCGGAGCGCGCUCUGCAACUGGCUGCUGGCCUCGCGAAGGCUAAUGAAGCCUCUUUAAUCCAGCGACAUCUGAUUGGUUCGAGCUUCGAGGCAGAUCGGCGCGUUUCACAGGCAGAAGCUGCUUUGCGAUGGCUCGAAGUCAGUCUGGAUCAGCUCGCCGCCGUUGUUGACUUGCGCUCGACUUUCGAAGAAGUCACAGCUCAAGGACAUCAGGUAGCCGAGCUGAUUUCGCAGCACGCAGGCCAGAGCGUUGCAACGCUGGGAAGCUCGGUCGCUACGUUUUCCCAGCAGGCAUUGUCCGUGCUGAUGACUGGAGAUGCGCCGACAGUUCUCUUUGAGCCAGUCGUCUGCUCUGACCCCUCCUUCCGUUCUGUUGACGAGGAGGUUCGAGAACACGUCAAUGAAUGGAGCACAGAGCUCGAGACUCUGAAGGAGAGGGUCGAGGAUCUUGCACGACAACUCCAAGUCCGUCUGGACGAAGAGCACUCGUCGCAGCAAAAACGUAAAGAUGCCCUAGAUGCCGUUGCCAAUGCAUCGACCGCCUUCGAUGGACUGGUGAAGCAAGUGAAAGCUGAGCUAGCGAAACAUGAGGACGAACUGAAGGCGACUGCAGCGGAACAGCCUCCGCGUCAAGUUCAUCGGCUACAUCAGCUGCAAGGGACGGUAGCUUCUUGGACGCAAGCAUCUACGAGCAGACUGCACGUUGCCAUUGCCUCACUGACGGACGCUUGUGACGAAGCUGUCCGCCUAGGCUGCGCUGAGAGCACUCUCAUGCAGCAUGAGCAGCUGACUGCUGACACUCGCUCGCGAGUAGCGCAGCUCGAAGCUCAAUUUGCCAGUCUCGUGGCAGCAAUCAACCAAACCAUCGAGACUUGCAGCAGGUAUGCCACAGAGGAAGCGCCCCGGGCAACCGAUGGUCUCGAAUUCCCAGUCUCUUCAGACCCAAGCUCGGAUGAUCUCGAAAGCUCGUCUUCGAGUCGGUUCGAAGACAACGCGCACACGAAGCAGCAGGGCGCUUCUGGAACGCCACAGGUUGAGCUCGCUCUCACCGAAUCUGUGUCUGACGGCACAAGCGCUGAGGUUGAUGUCGGCGAUGUCAGCAUCGAUGUAUUCGGACCGAAGAGUGUCCUCUCGACCAAAUCCUCUGACGCUCCAACAGCACCUCGAGGCAGAGAGCUUGAUACUGUUCAAGACCUGGUCAGGCGCCUUGAGGCAGAAGACAGGGUGUUUGUUCAAACUCUCCCGGACGGCUCUCUUCAGAAGCGGCAGUUACUGCGGCUGCCAUCCACAUCUGAUGAUGAGCAAGCCCAAGCGCAGAUGCGCCGCCACGAAGAGGAGGUUUGCGCAGCCUCAUCGAGCGUGUCGCCCUCAAGUCCUCAGGGCAUCGAGCUCGCGCACGCUCUUGCGAAACGGCAAGGCCGGCUGAGACGACACUUCCGCCUCUCGCGUUUCGGCGACCUCGCAUCACGACUGGAGAAUCAGCUCGGAGAGCUGGUAGAGCUUUUGGACAGCCUUGAUGCCGAUGCAGAAGACGACCACAGAUCGCAAUCACGGCAAGGCGAGCCCAAUCUGGCCCAGAGCAAGUCCGCCGGCACAGUCGUCGUGAACGAACGGCUAGAGGGAGUACAGACUCUACUUGCUGAGACAAGUAUCGCUGCAGAUCACGUUCUUGAUGAUGUGCGGGUCAAGAACACGUUGGCGAAUGUCAACGCCCUACACCGAGAGACUCGGGCGAUGGCCGACGAAGUACUAGGCGAUCCCGAGCUGCGUCGCCUUCAACGCCAGCGCGAAAGCGUAGUUGCCUCGCCAGCGUUCUCGCUGAGUUCGGCGUCAUCCACAGAAGUCUCGUCGGCGGAAUAUGAGGCUACGUCCGAUGGCAGGGACUCUCCACACGAUGGCAUGGGCUACAGACCGCCAUUAAGUGAGGCGUCCCCUGCUCCUGUAAAGCGCAAAGCGCAGUUCCCUUCGCAGUCUAUCCGAACCAUGCCAGCUGUAGCUGCCACCGAUAUGAUUUCGGCUUCGCGACGCACGGUCUCGGAAGGUAGCCCUCUAGUCAGACCAAUUAGUCGAACGUCGAACGCGGCUCGAAGGAGCGGCAUUCCUAGAUCACCCCGGAAACGGCUGCCGUCCGAGGUAAAUCCCGCGGCGGCAGAGCAGACGACAGCGGGCCAAGAAAACCCAAGUGCUCUGGGACAUCUCAGAUUGCCGAGCGCCUUGUCGACACCGGUGGGCAGCAAGUUGCCAGUGCGCACGCCAAGCCGUGCAACUUCCAUUUCUUCGGUCAAAGUGUCGCGCAGAGGUUCGAGACACCCUAAUCGGUAUCGACCCAACGUCAACAACAAGCUUGACGUUGCCGUGUCUCGAAUCGUGAAUCAGCUGCCUCAGCCGAUUCAGAUUGCGCACGCUGCUACCGCGCCGGACGCUGCACCACGGGACACUUGGAAAGAUGAUAGUGGGAGAUACUGGGUAGGAUCACGCAAUCCAAGACUCUGCUUCUGCCGCUUUCUGCGAAGCCGUAUCGUCAUGGUUCGGAUUGGAGGUGGCUGGCAAGAACUCGGGAGGUGAGCGUCCUCAAAUGGUAGCGGAUACGUCUGCAGUCAUUGACAUAGCUUGCUUCUUACAAUCCGUCCCAGAUAUAUCGAGCACCACUACACCGACUUGAUGGCUGAGGGCGCGACAUCUGCAAUCUCGCCUUCUGCCAGCGACUUGCCCUGGAUCAAGGGAGGUGAUGUGCUGACGGCGACACCUACCAAUUUAAAGAGGUCCACCAUCGCAGAGCUCCACGAUUCAGCAAGUGCAGCGAAUGUGUCCCCACAAGAGGUCGCCAGCAUCGUCCUGACACCUGCUGAAGGCCGUCGCCUACCGUCGGGAUCCUAUGAGCGCGUUAGAACUCCUUCUUCGAGCUCGAGAAGGAGCGUGACACCGGGCGGCGGCAGCGAUGACACGCCGACCAUGCUAGCGCGACGCCGGGUGGAAUCCGUUUCCAUCUCUCGCCCUUCGCACUUGUCUGUCGGAGCAGCGCAACGUCGAAAGUCGAGCACGUUGCUUGCGGACGCGAAGAUGGCGCGCAGCUGUGGUCCUACUGGUACAUUGAUGAAUAUCUCCGACAGCGCUCGUCACUCUCCGAAUGCCUGA